GCAAGUAGUUCCGUGGAAUUAGCGGCGGAGGGAUGUCAGUCGAGCCGGUGGGUAUCUCCUUCUGGUCUUCGUGCAUCCGAGUCAGACGCUGACAGCGGGCCGAGUCACCCUCCAUGACAGCCAGGUGACCACACACCACACCAGCGGCCAGCGACACGCCUGCCGAGCAGAGAGCAUGCGGACCCGGUGACAGCCGACAGCCGGAGCUUUUGUCGUCGAGUCCACACACACGCCGGGGAAGUGCAGGAGAGACGCGCACGUCUGGAAGCUCUUGAACCGGCGCGCACCCCCCGAAAAAUAAUAAUAACCCCGUCGGCGUUCACGUGUCAAGAUGUAAACCAAGGUUGCUGCACAACACACAUUCACUGAGCCCAUAAGGAGAGCGUCCAUAAAGCCACGUCUCGAGAGCCCCUCACCUUUCCCUUCAACCUCUCGACUAUCAAAAACACUAUGACCUCUGAGCUGGAAAGUAGCCUGACAUCAAUGGACUGGCUUCCACAGUUAGGCAUGAGGGCGCCUAUCCCGAAGACCGACAGAGACGUGGGGGGGCUUCACCAUGGCCACUUUCACGGACAACAUCACCAUCACCACCACCACCACCAUCACAGUCAACAUCAUCACGGACUUCACGGGCCAGGAAAGAAAAUCACACACGUGGAACCAGGAACAACGUUGGACCAGGAGGAAAGUAGUCAACACAGGGAUGGCAAACCGCCGUACAGCUACGCCAGCCUCAUCACCUUCGCCAUCAACGGUUCUCCUCGCAAACGCAUGACUCUAAGUGAGAUCUACCAGUGGAUCUGUGACAACUUCCCCUACUACAGAGAGGCGGGCAGCGGCUGGAAGAAUUCAAUACGACACAACUUGUCCUUGAACAAGUGUUUUCUGAAAGUGCCUCGCUCCAAAGACGACCCUGGAAAAGGUUCCUAUUGGGCCAUAGACACCAACCCUAAAGAUGACACAGCACCCAGCAGGCCAAAGAAGAGGCCGCGCUCUGGUGAAAGAGCAUCCACUCCUUACAGCCUCGAGUCAGAGUCUCUGCGCAUGGACUGCAUCAUGUCAGGUGGAGCGUCCCCCACUCUGGCCAUCAAUGCUGUGACAAACAAGGUAGCUUUGUACAACCCAGAAGCAGAGGACUGUGAGAGUCCCGGGAGUCUUGGUGGCAGCCUGAGCAACAGCCUGUCCGAGCAGAGCAUGGCGUCCGUCAACCUCAACAUGACCUCCACCGUCGGCGGCGGCUUCACACCUGUCAGUAGUCGCUCGGAGCCGUCGUCUCAGUCUCUGAGUCUCCAGCAGCCCCCUCAGCCUGUGCCGCCGCCUCCCCCCCCUCCACAGCCCCAGUACGGUCUGCCCGUCCCGGAGUCACGGGACAAACACCUCUGCUUCUCGGACUUCGAGAACCUGAGCGCCUCCUUCCGCAGCCUGUAUAAGUGUGUCUUUGAGCAGUCUUUCUCGCAGCAAGCUCUGAUGGUGAUGCCGGGGGAGUCCAACCAGCAAACAAGGACCGCCUGCUCCUACCAGCACUCACCUGGCACAGGAAAUGGUGUGGGCGGAGGAGGUGGCGGCCACCAUCACCAGCACAACCACCACCAUUCACACCACGCUCAGCAGCACCUCUCCGGCCACGGCCCACAGCACCCGUCUCUCUCCCACCAGGGCUGCCCGACUCCAGAUUGGUACCCGAAUCUGGACUGGCUAAAGGAGAGCUGCCGUGUUGCUACCAGCUACAAUUGGGCUGAUGUAGACCUCUCCCCAUUUCAAGGCUUGAAGGAGAGCAUGCGUCAGGCCGAGCUCAACAACUGGUCCCUGGAUGCCGGCCAGGUAGCCGACCUGUGCUCUUCCAUCAACCAGUUCUUCACGGCCACGGGGGUCAUCCCCGUCUCGCAACCUCAGGUCGCGCCUGGGGCGCAGCAACACCCGGCUCAGCCGCUCGGCGCCAUGCACCCCAAGGCCGUCCAGCACAACCAGCACGACCGACACAUCCGCACGGGGAACAUGUACAUGGACUCCAGACAAAACAUUCCUUCCCUGAUGGGACCACCCGGAUACCCCCACAUGCCUCCCAUUAGCAACACAGCUCCCGCUAUGACGGUGGACUCCUCCAUCACGCUCUUACCAGGCCAUCAUGGCCAGCUGAGCCAGCAGCAGCACAUGUUUCCCCCGGGACACUUCCAGGUGAGACGCAUGCUGGCUGCAGACGACAUCCAGGACGACUUUGACUGGGACUCCAUAGUAUAAGCGGACGCAGGAAGUAAGGGAUAACCUGUGUUGAUGUUCAUGGAGGUGUAGGACUGUACAGUCAGCUUCUUACUCACGCCAGUGAGAAAUUAACUCAGAAGACAAUCCAAAGGGAUAAAAUAAGUCUUUUUGGGGGAAGGGUGGGGGGUGUAUGUAGCUGGAGGACAAGUGUAAAGACAAUCAAAUUGUUGCAAGUGGACCAAGUUGUAAACAACACCUGACACUGUGCCAACAUGGCUGACAAGUUGCUAAAUCUGUCAAAACAUCUGUGAAAUGUUAAUACAUUUUAUACAUACCUACAUAUAUACACACACACACACACACACAUCUAUAUAUAUAUAUAUAUAUAUAUAUAUACAUAUAUAUAUAUAUAUAUAUAUAUAUAUAUAUAUAUAUACACAUAUAUAUAUAUAUAAACACACACACACAGGUUAUCAUUUGGAAUGGGGACCAAGUUUUUGAUCAUCACUUGUGGAGGCAUGAAAAAAAUUGGGUAAAAUGGCCAAUUAGCUCAUACACGUCUGUAAAUCUCUGGGUUGAUGAAGUAAUGUGCUGAUCAUACGUACUGGGGAAAAAAGAGUUAAUAUGGUUCAUGGGGACCAAAUUUAAAUAAUUUUGCGUAAUUCACUCAAAUUUGUUCGUGACUACUGAGGACCAUUUAAAUUAUUAUUAUUUUUUACAACAUUGAACAUAAAGAACAUAAAACACUGUUCUACUUAACCAGUCUUGCUGAUUAUCUCUUCAUCUACUAUUUUACCUACAAUCUCCUUUUGUAGGCCGUAAUGCGGCUGUGCAAAUGUCUCACACUCAAACUAACCAGUAAAUAUGUUUUAAGGGCCAAAGCUUUAAAAUCACUUAAACAUCUUCAGAAUGGAUCUGACUAUCAUUUAAAAAGGUUUCCCUUAAGGGAACCUGUUUUUUGGUCCCCAUACUGUCAGAGGUGACUGUGUAAACAGAGCGAUGUCCCCAUUUAGUCAGUAUUGCCAGAACACACACACACACACACACACACACACACACACAUACACACACACACCCACAACCUGUGAAUUUACCAUACGUUCCAAACAGAAGGAUAUUAAUUUAAAAACAACCGUUUGUUUUUUCUUUGUGAUUUCUCUGUACUGCUUGUAUUACCUGUUCUUAUCUGAAAUGAGGACACACAGGGUGAGGAGAAUGCGUGAGUUGAGCGCCUCCUGCUGGUCAAAACAAGCAACACAACAUAUCCUUUCAGAAGAAUUCUAUGCACCCACUCUCUUCUUGUUUUGUCUAUGGACAUUGUUUCAUCGUUUUCUUUAGAAUUGUUUUUUUUUAUGUAAGAAUCCAUGCUGUCACAUUCUCAGGGUGUUUCACCGAUUGGUCAUUUGAAGCCGUUUGCGUCUUAAGGUGACUGCAACGUUCAGUUGUUGGCUCCUGGGACAAAAAAAAAACAACAACAAAAAACAAUAAUUUGUCAUGGAAAAAGAAAGUACAGUAGAAUAAGCUCCGACAACACUGGCUACACUCGGAUUCUUGCAUCCUAAAUGUAGUCAUUCUGAAACCAUGUAUAUGAUCUAUAACAGGGGUCGGGAACCUUUUUGGCUGAGAGAGCCAUGAAAGCCAAAUAUUUUUAAAAUGUAUUUCCGUGAGAGCCGUAUAAUAUUUUUAACACUGAAUACAGCUGUCAGUUUCAAACACUGAUGACAUCUAUUAAACAGACAAGAAGCAAGGAAUUAAACAGAGACUGGAUUCAAUUUAGCUCAAUGAGGAGAAACAUGUAGACCUGUACCCUUGUAUGCCCAUCCAUCCAUCCAUUUUCUACUGCUAAUUCCCCUUUGGGGUCGCGGGGGGCGCUGGUGCCUAUCUCAGCUGCAAAUGGGCGGAAGGCGGCGUACACCUUGGACAAGUCGCCACCUCAUCGCAGGGCCAACACAGACAGACAACAUUCACACUCACAUUCACACACUAGGACCAUUUAGUGUUGCCAAUCAACCUAUCCCCAGGUGCAUGUCUUUGGAAGUGGGAAGAAGCCGGAGUACCCGGAGGGAACCCACGCAUUCGCGUAGAGGACAUGCAAACUCCACACAGAAAGAUCCAGAGCCCGGGAUUGAACCCUGACUACUCAGGAGCUUCGUAUUGUGAGGCAGACGCACUAACCCGACUGCCACCGUGAAGCCCUUGUACGCAUCCUCUUUUAUUUGGACUGUCCCUGAUCACAAAAACUAAAUGCGUGCAUCUCUUAUUCUUUUUAAUAAAAUUGUUAUUCUGAAGCUAACCAAUAAUAAUUAAAAUACUUUUCACCAUUAAUGCGACUUCUUGAACAGGUGCGAUAGAAACGGAUGGAUGGAUGAAAGUGCAUGAGAAUAUUUUAUAUUUUGAACGUUAUUUUUAACACUGAUUACCAGCGGAAUUAUUCAUUACUUAUCGUGUUAAGCAACGUCAGCUAAGAUUUAUCUGAGAGCCAGGCGCAGUCUUUAAAAGAGCCACAUCUCGCUUGAGAGCCAUAGGUUCCCUACCCCUGCUCUCUAACAACGGUCAGCCAUGACUCAUUUUGAGGUGAAGACGAGCAUCUUUUGCACAAUUGUAGUGGAAAAAGUAAGUUUAACGAGAGGAAAAAAUAAAGUGAUUUUUUUUUUGUGGAAAAUCGGAUCAGGUAACGAGGGAACAACUCUUGUUUUAUCCAUUGUGUUCUAGUCCUUGUGUGGAAAAAGUGCUUUGUUUUUUAUUUUAAAUGUACAGCUCCACAUUGCUCAAAAGAAACCAUGUUUGUAUCAACUGGACGUGAACAGGAAGUUGAAAAAAAAAAAAAGAUGACUCUUUGAUAUUAUUGCCAUCAAUGCUGUAUUACAGUGACCAGCAUUAUAUUAGUUGUUUGUGCGUUGUUGUCCUUAUGUAAAUAACACAAUAUUUCUCAUCGGUUUCCCUUUAAGAAGGAAAAAAACUGCAGACUGGUGGGGAUUUUUUUAUUAUUAUUAUUAUUAUUAUUAUUUGUUCUUCAGGAGACACUGUGUGUAAAUAUCUUCCUCAUAUUGUAAAUAUGUGCUUUUUUGUGUGUCAUAGGUAAUGUGUGUAUGGUUCAACGGUUACAGAUUUGUUUCAGUGUUGAUUAAAAUGUAAUUGAACAUU